AAUCCACUGGAAUUUCCACAAUUCCAAACUCUACUCCACGGUAGCAUACAUCGGCCUCUUACUCAUAAACUUGAAUACCUUGCUCAUGGACCAUCGCCAAGUUUCUUGGACUUUCAUCACGGCACACUGAAACCUCGUAGGAAUCCCAGAGGAAGAUUGAUAUCUUGAGCUUCUCACCUCAUCCUAUCAUCGCACCGCGUCUGACUGCAUACCUAGGCAAGUACCGGUAAGAUUCCAUUCGCAUCGUUGAAACUCACGUCAUUAGUACGCCCACCACCUUCGAUCCCGAUGCUGAAAAUGGAAAUGGAAAUGGUGAUAAAUACUCGACAUACGGAGUGCUCUAUUUAUAUAGAGACUUCCUCUAUAUGGAGUAUAUCUCGCAGAAACAAGCCUAGCUUCAUCUUGACAACUUGUCAAUUUAUUACUCAUUCAUCUCGAACAAUUACUCGCGCAUAAAAAGGAAAACAUAUGAAGACUCAUUCAAUUGUAACAACACAAGAAGCAUGGCGUUUAUCAAAUCGCAGACAAUGCAUGCAGGAGUGUGGAAAGAAAAGGUGGGAUGAAAAUUGGUAAAGAGGUGCGAGCUGAGGAUAGAGUUGUUACAGGUUCUGACGACCUCGGGAGUCACGAGCCUGAAAUAGAAAAAUGAAGGGAUAUAUCGGAUUUAACCUUUGGGGAUCCGAAGAUGCGGGCCGAGAUCGGCAUACAAUCGGCUUCGGCUGCAUGUGCCCUCGGUACCUACCGGGGCACGAGAUAAAUACUUCUAUGACGGAAUGCGCUAGGCGAGACUGUGGAACAUUCGGAAAGGUUCCGAAACACCACAACCUCAAACACAGAUUUGCAAUUACAAAGUUUACGUAUCGCAUAUGCCCCUUCUGCUAAGAUCUACCCGAUUGACCAAGCUCUCCUCAACACCCAAUACAACGGCUAUUCUAACCACGUGGCGAGCUCUCUCUUCCAUAUCCCACCCUUCCAGGAUGAAUUCAGCCACUUCAGCUUAUCAAACCUCCUUUGAAGAGGAUGGAAAUGCAGGAAAAGGACCUAAGCAACAGUCCCAACUAAGAGACUUGAAGCUGAACGACGGAAAUGAAAUCCCAAUAGUAAGCUUUGUCGUUAGAACUCCGAAUUCACUAACACUGACUCUCAUUAGCUUGGAUAUGGUCUUGGUACAGCUCGAUACAAGAACGAUCCAAGUGCCCCUGUUGACAAAGAGUUGAUAAAGACAGUGGUCAUGGCAAUUAAGGCGGGCUACUAUCAUCUUGAUGGCGCACAAGGUAAUUAUCGUGGCAGCUACCUUAAGUAUUGAGCUUGACGAAUCCCAUGGGCUAAGUCGGCUUAUUUAGUCUACAACAAUGAGACCGAACUUGGAAUCGCAAUCAAGGAAUCAAGGGUGCCACGGGAAAAGUUAUACGUGACGACCAAGAUCUCCGGUACCAAGGUCCAAGACACCCAAGAAGCAUUCAAGCUCUCGCUUAAGAAAUUGCAACUUGAUUACGUCGAUCAAUAUCUGAUCCACGCCCCAUUCUUCGCCGAAGGUUCUAAAGCAGCUCUGCAGGUGCGUUCCAUCGAUUUUCUCGAACUUUGACCGUUUGACAAGAGUUCUAAUUGCCUAAAAUAGGAAAAAUGGGCAGACUUGGAAGCCAUCCACGCAACCGGAAAAGCAAAAUCCAUCGGGAUUUCCAACUAUCUCCAACCAGAGGUUGAAGCCGUGCUUGAAACCGCCAAAAUCAAGCCCGCAAUCAACCAAAUAGAAUACCACCCUUAUCUCCAACACGGCACUCUUGUUGACUUCCACAAAGAAAAUGGUAUCGCUCUCUCAGCCUACGCAUCCUUAACUGCCGUCGUGAGAGCCAAGCCAGGACCAUUGGACGAAACUUAUGAAAUCUUGGCGAAAAAGUAUGGUGUCACGCCUGGAGAAAUUGCUUUGAGAUGGGUUAUUGAUCAGGGCAUUGUGGUCUUGACAACUAGUCAGAGUGAGGACCGGUUGAAGGCUUAUCAGAAGGUUGCUUCGUUUAAAUUGACGCCGAAGGAGAUUGAAGAUAUUAAGGUCUUGGGACAGCAGAAGCAUUAUCGAGGGUUCUGGAAGAACAGGUUCGCUGAUGAUGAUAGAUCCUAAAUUAAGAUUGCAGGUAUUGUGUGUUUUGUGUGUUGUGAUAAUGGAGGAAUGGAGAUACUGAAUUUUGGUUGAUGAUUAAUAUACUUAUACGUUGUUGCAAGGAGAUGUGGAG